AAGACUUCCAGCAGCCGCGGAGCGUCCGGGGCUGCGUUUGGGGUAGAUUUGAACCGCACUGAUAGGGGUUGACGGGUGAUCAGUGUCCGCCGACGCGGAUGGCCAGGGACCUGAUAGGGCCGGCGCUGCCGCCUGGUUUCAAGGCCCGCGGGACAGCAGAGGACGAGGAGCGGGACCCGAGCCCGGUUGCAGGACCAGCUCUGCCCCCUAAUUAUAAAAGCAGUAGUUCAGAUUCAUCAGACAGUGAUGAGGACAGUAGUUCUUUGUCUGAAGAAGGAAAUCAAGAAUCCGAAGAAGAUGACACUGGUCCAACUGCAAGGAAACAGAGGAGAAAUCAGGACGAAGAUGAUGAUGAUGGGUUUUUUGGACCAGCCCUUCCUCCUGGAUUUAAAAAGCAGGAUGAUUCUCCUCCCAGGCCUAUAAUAGGUCCUGCAUUGCCACCUGGUUUCAUUAAAUCUGCACAGAAAAGUGACAAAGGCAGAGAUGAUCCAGGACAAAUAUCAUCGCAUUUUAACUCUGAGGAAACAGAUAGCAGUGAGGAUGAGAAUAUUGUUGGACCAAUGCCUGCAAAAGGACCAGUUAACUAUAGUGUAACAACAGAGUUUGAAAAAAGGGCCCAGAGAAUGAAAGAAAAACUAACCAAAGGAGAUGAUGAUUCACCUAAACCAAUAACGAGAGAGUCAUGGAUGACUGAACUUCCUCCAGAAAUGAAAGACUUUGGUUUAGGGCCAAGGACCUUUAAGAGAAGAGCUGAUGACAAAUCCGGAGAUCGAUCAAUCUGGACAGAUACUCCAGCUGAUAGGGAAAGGAAAGCUAAGGAAACACAAGAAGCAAGAAAGUCAUCUAGUAAGAAGGAUGAGGAAUAUGUAUUGUCAGGAAGAGAUAAGAGGUUGGCUGAGCAGGUAUCCUCAUACAAUGAGUCAAAAAGAUCAGAAUCUCUUAUGGACAUUCAUCAUAAAAAAUUAAAAAAUAAGGCUGUUGAUAAAAAUAAGCCCCAAGAGAGAAUACCAUUUGACCGUGAUAAGGAUCUCAAGGUUAAUCGGUUUGAUGAAGCUCAGAAAAAAGCCCUAAUAAAGAAAUCUAGAGAACUAAACACCAGAUUUUCACAUGGCAAAGGCAAUAUGUUUUUAUAAGGGGAUUUCCCUGUGCAAUGAAGAAAAGUUGAAGAAUACUCUUUUAUCUGUCUCUUCACCUUUAGACCUUGGUCUUGGGCUUCUUAAGAUUAGAGAUUACUUUAACCUCAAAAAAAUCAUACAAGUUUACCUUCUUUUGUGUCCUUGAGGUCAUGUGGAAUCAUAAAAUCAGUGUUUCUUAUGUAGAAUAGAAUAUUCUGUGUGCCUCUGGCUUCCAAGGAAUCAUGGGCUUUUCUUCACAAUUAAUUAUUUUCCCCUACUCCCCGCAACCUGCUUUUACCACUCCUCAAUUUUUGUGAUGUGAUACAAGUUCCCUCUAAGAUCUGCUCAGGACUGUUUGUUGAAAAUUUACCACAGCCUGGACCUUCUUGACAAAUAUAUUUGCCCUGUCCUGGAGUGAAUGUGUCAGGUACUUGGCAGUAAGUUCAUGAAUUUGGAAUUGGUUGGUUUUCCCUCCAAAUGCAGCUAGUGAAUACACAGUUACUAGAAAAUAGAAAGGGUAUGGAUUUUGUCCCUUUUGUUACCAGUUUGCUUGUUCUGGCACUCAGGGUUUUUAUCCGUUGUUUGGAGCUUUUAGCUUGUUUGUUUUUAAGCCAGAAAGUGAGUACUCUAGUUUAUCUUGUGUACUAAGGAAAAUAUAUUUUGAUUUUUAAGUUUUUAUAACAAAUAUUUCUGAGGGAAACAAUCUGAGGGUGGUAAUGCUGACAACUGUUUAUCAGUGUGAAGUCUGUAAAACUCUUCUCCAUGAUCUCACCAAAGAGUGUCUUUGAGCUUUGCUUUGGGAUGAUCUUAUUUUUCCCAUUAAUAUAUUUAACAGUUUGUGGUAAAUUUAUUGGAACUGGAUCUUUUAUAUCAAUCAUGUAUAACUUUUAUUUAAAAACCAAACUAAUAAUCACAGUACAAAAAUGAAAAAUCUAUGAUCAUAACCCACUAUAUUGGGAAGAUUAUAAGUUUGUAGUGCUUUAUACACUGCCUCUUAAGACAAUAAACAGAAACUUCUAAAUA